CUAUGAUGAAUUAUCCAAAUGAAAGCCAAGUAAAUCCAUAAAAGAGCGAAAUUUUAAUCAGUUAUUCUCGUCAAGAAUUGAAAAAUAUAGAUUUCGAUCCCACCAAACCUUAGAUCUAUUUAAACAAGAAACCAUAAAACAAUAGCACAAAUUAAGGAGCUCAGUACAGUAAUGUGCAAAGCAACUAAUUUCAAGGGAUUCCAAGUCCAUAAUAACAAUUCUAGUAUUUAUUAUUUCUAAAAUUAGAGAUGAAGCUAUGAAGCAAGAAAAAACAUCAUCAUAUUAUAACUAUCCACCAGUUAAUAAAUAUCAAAUUCAAGAAGAGUACUAUAAAAAUUAAUCAAAUCUCAUGAAAACCAAUAAUAUUGUGUUUCACAAAAUCGAGCCUUUAAACUAGCAAUACAAUUCUUAACAGAAUACUUUCAAUUAGAAUACUUAUAAACGAUAUUAGGAGGAAUAAUAAUGAAACCAUAAAUCAAC